GUCAGGGUGAAAACAGCUCUGUAUCCGGCCACCACUCCAGAUGCUGCUAAAGAGGGAGAGGUGGUUCAUGAUGGAUCCCGUCCCACUGCUGCUCAUCAUAGUCACUUCUUUACCGUUUAGUCCGGCUGUCUACACCGGGCCCCUCCAGCCAGAGAUCUCCAACGGUACUUUCCACCACUUCUUUGUCCCGGACGGAGAUUAUGAAGAGACAGUGGACCCCGAGCAGUGCCAGAUGCUGUUUAAGUUCUCAGACGUGUUUCCGUGUAGGGCCACAGAGGACAGCGACGCCGCCGUGCGGGAAGACUUCGUCAUCACUAAGAUGCAGGCGGAGGACUCGGCGCGGCUGCUGGAGGGCAUCGGCCGGACUGUGGAGCAGGACCUGGACGGAGAGGACAGCUACGGGAAGUUCCUCCAGCGGGAGAUCUCCCAGAUCAGCGAAGCCUUUUCAAACGUGGACAAGUCCCUGCUGGAGCUUGAGGGAAAGUUCAAGCAAAGUCAAGAAACUGAGCUGAGAGAGGAGCAACAGCUGAACAGCAAUGUAGUAAAACAAGUGAGCGACAUCAGGAGCGCAAUGAGGGAAACCACCGACAUCUCCCUGGGACUCAAAGAUAAACACGAGCUGCUGUCUCUCAUCAUCCGCAGUCAUGGCACCAGACUGAGCCGCCUGAAGACUGAGUACCUAAACGUUGGCUCUUAGUAGGGGUUAUUGUUGUGUAUUAUGUGUGAGUGUGUGAGGAAGAAAAGACACACCAGUUCUUCAAACGGCUGGAAAGUUCACUGUGACUCAUCCUUCUUUAGUAUUUGAAACACCCUUGACUUUUGGUUGUUCCCAUUCCUUGGAGCUAUGUCGCUGAAGGGAGCUGGAACAAAAAUAUCAACACAUUCCUGCGAGUCAGGAAAAAAAAAGAAAAUAAAUGUGAGCAUAAAUUAUGUCUGCAGAGAGCCCUCUGUGCCACCUCUGAGGAGGGGUUUCAUCUAGAGAAAAGUGAAAAUUUAAAUUUAUUUUCCAGAUUGGUAUAAAACUGUCAGGCUGUAUGAUUUUAACUGUUCAUAGCCAAUCAAAUAAAUAUGUUACAAAAAAAUAUUGUCCACCCUUUCUUUCAAGCCAGAUAAAAUAU